AUGAAUCAAGCCAAUGACUACGUCUCCAAUCUCAAGACUUAUUAUGUACUUGCGGUACUACACGAGGAAGCCAUUCAUGACCACCAGUGUACACAUGUUUUUUGCGUUGUUAGGUUAAGUUUUCCCACCCCGUUAGAAUGUCCGUACAAAAAGCAUAUCAAAUUAAAAGAGACCGUGUCCUUUGAUGAAAAUUAUGUCCUAUCCGUUUGUGGCACUCAAAGCGAUCCAGAUUUUCGUAUCGGUGCGGCGCUCUCGGAUUGCUCUUGCAUAGUUUAUUCCAUUGGCGAAUCAUUGAGUAAAACUGCUGUUCUAUCGCAUGCGGAUUCACCGGUUGUUGGAAUCAAGUUCAGUCCAACUUCAAGGAACAUUCUCUAUACGGCAACAAACAAAGGGCAGGUUUCAGCAUGUGACAUGAGAGCGAAAGGAAAAAUAGUUGCUGAAUUUAAAGAUAAUACCGAAGAUGGGAAAUUAAAGCCUUUAGCCAGUUUUGAUAUCAGCAGCAACGAACGACUUAUAGCCGGUGGUACAGAGCAUAUAGGAGGUGAUGCAUUCAUCCUAUUCUGGGACAUACGAUAUAUUAAUUCUAAAUUGGAUGGCAGGAACAGUCUCCUCGGUGGAUACUGGGAAUCGCACAUGGAUGACGUGACCUGCUUGGCAUUUCAUUCCAGUAAACAGGAUGUUCUGAUGUCUGGAAGUACCGAUGGUUUGAUUAACAUAUUCGAUUUAACACAGACAUCCGAAGAUUCGGCGUUAACCUACUCCUUAAAUACUGAAUCAUCGGUGGACAGGUUAGGUUGGCUGACCGAUGAAAGUCUGUGGUGUACAACGCAUACGCAUUCCCUGCAGCUUUGGGAAUGUGACGGUGCGACUCCAUAUGUCAAGUUUGAUCGGCAAUGCCUUGCAAUGUUACAGAACGAAGACCCAGAUAAUUGCUACUUAGUGAGGAUGCACGUCACGGAUACAGGAGCACAGCCUUUAGUUCUAACAGGAUCGAGCAGUAUUAAAGGAGAGAAUCUGAGAUGUGUAAAUGUUGUGAAAGAUCAACUGAAAACCUGCUACGAUAUCGCCGAGAACAAACAAAUUGUGCGAGACAGCUGGUUACAUCAAAAAAGUGGUUCCUUGGUUACGGGAGGAGAAAAUGGAAUUAUAAACAUUUGGAGGCAAUCCGAAAUGGCCACGCUCCAACAAAAUCCUAGCCACAAGCUCCUUGCUAAAAUUGGUGGAAAAAGUCGUGAGAAGCAACACAGACCUAAGCCAUAUUAAACGUAAUCAUAAUGAUAAGCGAAGAAGCUCGAAAUGUAAAUGGUUCAUACGAUUAAUUGUAAUAAAGUGAAAUAAAGAGUACAAAAUCUUGGC